AUGGUUUCUAGCCUGCUCCCCAACCCCACCUCGGCUGAGUGCUGGGUGGCCCUUCUACAUGAUCAUAUGACUCUUGAUAUGGACGCAGUCCUGUCAGACUUUGUUCGGUCCACGGGGGCAGAGCCUGGUCUGGCCAGAGACCUGCUGGAAGGCAAAAACUGGGACCUGAGCGCCGCUCUGAGCGACUAUGAACAGCUCCGACAGGUGCCCACAGCCAACUUGCCGCAUGUGUUCAACGAGGGCAGGUUCCCCAAGCAGCCGGAGCGAGAGCCACCCCAGCCCGGGCACAAGGUGGAGCGGCCCUGCCUGCAGAGACAGGACGACAUUGCCCAAGAGAAGCGUCUUUCCCGGGGCAUCUCCCACGCCAGCUCCGCCAUCGUGUCCCUGGCCCGGUCCCACGUGGCGAGUGAGUGCAGCAGCGAGCAGUUCCCCCUGGAGAUGCCCAUCUACACGUUCCAGCUGCCCGACCUGAGCGUGUACAGUGAGGACUUCCGGAGCUUCAUCGAACGGGACCUGAUUGAGCAGGCGACCAUGGUGGCCUUGGAGCAGGCAGGUCGCCUGAACUGGUGGUCCACAGUGUGCUCGAGCUGCAAACGCCUUCUUCCUCUGGCCACGACGGGGGACGGGAACUGCCUUCUCCACGCUGCCUCGCUGGGAAUGUGGGGUUUCCAUGACCGAGACCUGGUCCUGCGGAAAGCUCUCUACACCAUGAUGAGGACCGGGGCUGAGAGGGAAGCCCUGAAGCGCAGGUGGAGGUGGCAACAGACCCAGCAGAACAAGGAGUCAGGGCUGGUGUACACGGAGGACGAGUGGGAGCGAGAGUGGACGGAGCUGCUCAAGCUGGCCUCCAGCGAGCCCCGCAUGCACUUCAGCAAGACCGGCGGUUCAGGCGGGGGCAUGGACAACUCCGAGGACCCCGUGUACGAGAGCCUGGAGGAGUUCCACGUGUUCGUGCUGGCCCACAUCCUGCGCAGGCCCAUCGUGGUCGUGGCAGACACGAUGCUGCGGGACUCGGGCGGGGAAGCCUUCGCACCCAUCCCCUUCGGAGGGGUUUACCUGCCCUUGGAGGUGCCUCCCAACAGGUGCCACUGCUCACCUCUGGUUCUUGCCUACGAUCAAGCGCACUUCUCCGCCCUGGUGUCCAUGGAGCAGAGAGAUCAGCAACGGGAACAAGCUGUGAUCCCACUCACGGACUCGGAGCACAAGCUACUGCCCCUGCACUUUGCGGUGGACCCCGGGAAGGACUGGGAAUGGGGGAAAGACGACAACGACAACGCCCGCCUGGCCCAGCUGAUCCUGUCGCUGGAAGCCAAACUGAACCUUCUGCACAGCUACAUGAACGUGACGUGGAUCCGGAUCCCCUCUGAGACUCGGGCCCCUCUGGCGCAGCCGGAAUCCCCAACGGCCUCCGCAGGGGAGGAUGUGCAGUCCCUGGCCGACUCCCUGGACUCGGACCGCGACUCGGUGUGCAGCAAUUCCAACAGCAAUAAUGGCAAGAACGGGAAGGACAAGGAGAAGCAGCGCAAGGAGAAGGACAAGACCCGCGCGGACUCCGUGGCCAACAAGCUGGGCAGCUUCAGCAAAACGCUGGGCAUCAAGCUGAAGAAAAACAUGGGCGGCCUGGGCGGCCUGGUGCACGGCAAGAUGGGCCGCGCCAACUCCACCAACGGCAAGAACGGCGACGCGCCCGAGCGCGCCAAGGACAAGAAGGCCAAGUCGCGCAAGGGCAGCAAGGAGGAGUCCGGCGCGUCUGCGAGCACGUCGCCGUCGGAGAAGACCACGCCGUCGCCCACGGACAAGGCGGCGGGCACGUCGCCGGCGGACAAGGGCGGCGGGCCGCGCAGCGACUCCUGGAAGUACAGCACGGACGUGAAGCUGAGCCUCAACAUCCUGCGCGCCGCCAUGCAGGGCGAGCGCAAGUUCAUCUUCGCCGGCCUGCUGCUCACCAGCCACCGGCACCAGUUCCACGAGGAGAUGAUCGGCUACUAUCUGACCAGCGCGCAGGAGCGCUUCAGCGCCGAGCAGGAGCAGCGGCGCCGCGACGCCGCCGCCGCCGCCGCCGCCGCCACGGCCAAGAGGCCGCCGCGCAGGCCCGAGGCCGAGAGUGCGCCGGGUGCCGAGCGCGCCUCGCCAGGGCCGCCCGCGGGGCCGCCCACGCAGCUGGUGCUCAAGUUCAAGGAGCGCCCGAGCCCCGGGCCGGCGGCGGGCACGCGGGCGGCGCGGGCGGCGGGCGGCUCGGCCUCCCCGGGCCCCGGCGGCGGGGGCGCGCGGCGCGCGGGCACCAGCGGACCGGCCCCCGGGCGCAGCCCCCCGGCGCGCCAGAGCGUCAUCCACAUGCAGACGGCGGGCGUGCGGGACGAGGCGUGCGCUCCGACCGUGGGCGCGCUGCGGCCGUGCGCCACGUACCCGCAGCAGAACCGCUCGCUGUCGUCGCAGAGCUACAGCCCCGCGCGCGCCGCCGCCCUGCGCACCGUCAACACGGUGGAGUCGCUGGCGCGCGCCGUGCCCGGGGCCCUGGCGUGCGUGGCGGGGGCGGCCGGCGCGGCCGAGCCCAAGUCGCAGACCUACACCAACGGCUUCGGGGCCGCGCGCGACGGCCUGGAGUUCGCCGACGCGGACGUGCCCGCCACGCGCUCGAACGGUGAGUGUGGCCGCGGCGGGCCGGGCCCGGCGCAGCGGCGCUGCCAGCGCGAGAACUGCGCCUUCUACGGGCGCGCCGAGACCGAGCACUUCUGCUCGUACUGCUACCGGGAGGAGCUGCGGCGGCGGCGCGAGGCGCGCGGGGUGCGGCCCUGA